GGGAGAGAGAGAGAGAGAGACCGUACGUGAGAGAGAGAGAGGGGGAGGGCGGAAAGAGAGAAGGAAGGGAGAGAAAGCGAGGGGAGAAAGAGAUAGAGGGAUAGAGAGGGGGAGAGUGAGAGAGUGAGAGAAAGAAAGACAGACAGACAAACAGAGAGAGAGGGAAGGAGAGAGGGAAAGAGAGAGAGAGAGAGAGAGAGAGAGAGAGAGAGAGAGAGAGAGAGAGAGAGAGAGAGAGAGAGAGAGAGAGAGAGAGAGAGACGCAGUUUACAUCCGAGGGAAUCUUUGCACCGGGUUCCGGGUCCGACAUAAUGAACGAUGAAGCCGGGGAACGAGCGGGCAGUGACGGACCGGACACCAAACAGGAGAGCUCGGCGGCAGGCCAGGAGCCGAGGGAUAUUCCGGGGACUUCCUCCAGCGCCGCCACUGCUUCGGACGAAGGCGGAGAGGUGGAACUGUCUGUCGGUGACCCCGAUUACUGCCGGAGAAUUCUGGUCCGAGGUGAAGGUCUGGUUCCAGAACAGGCGGACGAAGCAGAAGAAAGACCAAAGCCGGAACUGUGACAACUGCUCUCCGGGCUCUUCCGAGUCCAAGGCCACCUGCAACAUCCUCCGGCUUCUGGAACAGAGGCGGCUUCUGCCCGCUCCCCCUGCCGCAGCCGCCGGCCUGCUCCCCUGCGCCCCCAGCCCGCCCGGAUCCUCCGCGGGCUGUGACGGCUGCACCCUGGUCUGCACCACCGGCAGCCUGCCCUUCGGCCUGGCCACCCCGACGGGCGCCACCUCACCCACCCAGAGGCUGGGCAGCACCCACGAACUCUCAGCUGGCUAUGGGGUAGGCACAUCGGCGUUCGAGCCAUACGCACAGACCGAGCGCAGUGACAGUGGCUCAGACAGGAGGCUGAGUUCGUAGAGGGAGGGCUGACAGAAAAACGUGGAGAGCAGAGGGAGAUUCCACCUCUUCUCUCCCUGCACUGCGGUGGCUGGGCUGGUGCCCGGUCAGUGUGUUGGUCAUUGUGGAGGGCGGAGCUCCCUCAUAUUCAGAUUAAUUUAUUUAUCACAUGUCGUCUGCAUUAAUAACCAACACAACCUGCUGGGGGCAGCCCGCAAGAGUCACCAAACAUUGUGGUGCCGACAGAACAUGUCCUCAAUGCUCAGCAGAACAACACAAGCAACAGCAACAAAGCCAAGCCCCUUUCCCACCUCACACACAACACAGUCUCCAACCGCAGGGAAGACCGCCCCUGGGCCUCUAGUCCUAGGCCCCAGACACAGGCCUCCAGCUUCAGAGUUGGCCCCAGGACUUGUCGGGCCUCAACUUCCAGACUCGCACUGACUUCCCACCCCAGCAUUCCCUCUUGCACGGAGGGAUGUGUGGGGAUCAAAGCAGAAUCAAACCAGGAUCUUCUGGACUGACCGAGGCCCACUGACCUGGGAGUCGAGCUCCGGCCCGCCUUCCGAUGGUUCUGUUGCGCGGCACGGCCCUCCUCCCACAUGGCCGAAGGCCUGACCUGGCAAGCUGGCUCCUCGUUUACCGCACCUCCCCGGGGGCGGCUUCACCACAGCCUAGCCAUGUGCCACUCGAACGCUGCACGGGGUCAGCACUGCGGUAACAUUCACAAACGAGGUGUGGAGACCCCCACCCCUCUCAUUUCCCCCACCAACAAAUUCAGAGUUCUGACCAUGUAUAUUAAAUUAUAACUUAUUCAGACAGGUCGGCUGUGGUGGUUUCUGUCCUGGGGGGGCGGUGGUCAAGUUUCUGGGCUGGGGGAGGGUGGGGGUGUGUAGGGAGGGGUGGAGUGGAACACUAAGAAGAUGUAGGGAAGUGUUGGGGUGUGUGGAGAGGGAGGGAGGUUAUUAUGGAGGUAUUUGUUCACACAUCAGUCCCUCUCCAUUCAGCCCUCCCCAGCAUGGAUGGGGCGACCAGUACUUUAUAAAGUCUCAACAUUACAUCCUUGCUUUUAUAUUCUCGUCCUCUUGAAACGAAUGUUAACAUCACAUUUGCCUUCCUCACCACUGACUCAACCUGCAAAUUAACCUUUAGGGAAUUCUGCACAAGGACUCCCAAGUCCCUUUGCACCUCAGUAUUUCAUAUUUUCUCUCCUUUAGAAAAUAGUCAACCCUUUCAUUUCUACUACCAAAGCACAUGACCACACACUUCCUGACACUAUAUCCCAUCUGCCAUUUCUUUGCCCAUUCUCCUAAUUUAAGUCCUGUUGUAGCAUCCCUACUUCCUCAAAACUACCUGCUCCACCUGGCUUCACAGCAUCUGCAAACGUUGCAGCAAAGCCUUCAGUUCUGUCAUCCAAAUCAUUGACAUAUAACGCAAGAAGAAUCAGUCCCAACACAGACCCCUGUGGAACACCACUAGUCACUGGCAGCCAGUCAGAAAAGGCUCCCUUUAUUCCCACUCUUUGUCUCCUGCCAAUCAGCUACUGCUUUAUCCAUGCUAGAAUCUUUCCUGUCAUGCUGCUCGUAGCUUGUUAAGUAGCCUCAUGUGUGGCAUCUUGUCAAAGGCCUUUUGAAAAUCCAAGUACACAACAUCAACCGAUUCUCCUUUGCCUAUCCUGCUUCUUCAAAGAAUUCCAACAGAUUUGUCAGGUACGAUUUUCCCUUGAGGAAACCAUGCUGACUACGGCCUAUUUUAUCAGGUGUCUCCCAGUACCCUGAGACCUCAUCCUUAGUAAAUGACUCCAACAUUUUCCCAACCACUGAGGGCAGACUAACUGGACUAUAGCGUUCUUUCUUCUGCCUCUCUCCCUUCUUGAAGAGUGGAGUGACAUCUGCAAUUUCCAGUCUUCUGGAACCAUUUCAGAAUCUAGUGAUUCUUUUUGUAUUCCAUGUUUACCUUCUUAAAGACUUUAAAAGUUUCCAAAUCCUCUAACUUCCCACUAAUUGUUGUUCUAUUAUAUGCGCUUUCUUUAACAUUUAUGUUAGCUUUCACUUGUUAGGCAUGGUUGUGUCAUCUUUCCUUUAGAACACUUCUUCCUAUUUGAGAUGUAUAUGCCCUGUGCCUUCCAAAUUGCUUCCAGAAAUUCCAGCCAUUGGUGCUCUGUCACCAUCCCUGCCAGUGUUCUUUCCAAUCAAUUCUGGCCAACCCCUUUCUCAUGCCUCUGUAAUUCUACUGGGGUAGAAGCGAUGGUGCAGGUAUUUGCCACCAAUGGUGGGCCUGCCUUGGGGUGGAUGAUUAUCACUUACCCAUCCUGACACUUUUGGGAACAGUUCCGAGGAAAGGCCAGGUGGUUGCUCAACAGUCAGCUGUGUUGGGAUGGGAAGGGAGACCCAGGAAUGGGGACUGGGAGAGAGGGAGCUUCCCUACACCAGUCUGAUGGGCCAAGUGGGAGAAGGUGCUAGACGAAUUCAGGUCCUCACCCAUAACCAUCACCACCCUCAGUUUUGGCACCCAUCUCCUGUACUGGGACAUAAUUAAGAGUUAUGUAGGAGGGAAAGGUUGGUUUGACUUUAGAGUAGAUUAAAAAGUUGGCACAGCAUGGUGUGUUAUAAUGUUCUAUGGUCUGUGUUCCUGUGUCUCCUUUAAACCUACCUCCUCUCACCUUAAUCCGUUGCCCUCUAGUUUUUGACAUCUCCUUGCAGAAAAGUGACUCUGAUUCUCUAUUUUCAUAAUAUUAUAUAUUUUACAAACCUAUCAGGUUUGCCUUCAG